UUAAAUAUAUAAGUUAUUUUACACAUGGAGGAUACUAGCAGCAACAAAGUGUGAAAAAAAAGAAAAUAAAAAAAACAACUCAACUCCCAGCAUUACCUAGCAUCAGUUUUAUAUCAAGCAACUAAUUGUCUUAUUUUCUGUGUUUUCAGGUAUUUACCAAUUCAGAGUUCCAGAGUCCUCCAAGUCUGGGACUUCAGUUGGAAGAAUUGUAGCCACAGACAGAGACGUCGGCAAGAACGCUGAGAUGUAUUUCACCAUCGUCAGUGGAGACGGCAUGGACAUGUUUGACAUCUCCACUGACAAAGACACCCAGGAGGGAGUCAUCAGCGUCAGCAAGCCUUUGGAUUUUGAGAAGAAGCCGUCGUACACAGUAGAGAUCCAGGUCCAGAACACCCAGGUGGACCCUCACUUAAUGUCUACAGGCUCCAAAGACAUGGCCACAGUUCGGAUUGCCGUGGAAGACGUGGACGAGCCGCCACUGUUUGACAAAGCCAGCUAUCUGAUGGAAGUGAAGGAGGACGCUGCAGUGGGCAUGGCCGUGGGCUCAGUCAGCGCCAUGGACCCUGACGGACCCCGCAGCAUGGUCAAGUACUCUAUCGACCGUCGCACUGACAUGGACCGCCUAUUCAACGUCCAUCCAGGGAACGGAUCUGUGUUCCUGCUGAAAAGCCUGGACAGAGAGGAGACUGCCUGGCAUAAUAUUUCAGUCAUCGCCACAGAGUUCAAUAAUCCCCGUCAGAGCAGCCAUGUUCCCGUCUACAUCCGCCUGCUGGACAUCAACGACAAUGCUCCUACCUUCGCCACAGUGUAUGAAACCUUUGUCUGUGAGAAGACUAAGGCUGGUCAGCGGAUCCAGACAGUGAGUGCCAUCGAUGCUGAUGAGCCAUCAACGGGACACAAGUUUUUCUUCAGCCUGGCUCCUGAGGGGACCCACCGCAGCAACUUCACUGUCCGAGACAAUGGAGAUAACACUGCUGGCAUCCUGACACGUCGAGCCAGCUACAGCCUCCUUCACCAGAGCGUCUACCUGGUUCCCGUGGUGAUUACCGACGGCGACUAUCCCAUGCAGAGCAGCACCGGCACUCUCACUGUGAGGGUGUGCACCUGUGACCGUGAAGGCAACAUGGAGCUGUGCAACGCUGAGGCUCUGAGCAGCUCUCCUGGUCUCAGCACUGGAGCUCUCAUCGCCAUCCUCCUGUGUGCCAUCAUACUGCUGAUGAUUGUGGUUCUGUUCACUGUGUUGAAACGUCAAAGAAAGCAGGAGCCUCUCAUCAUCUCCAAGGAGGAUGUCAGGGACAACGUGGUGAGCUACAAUGAUGAGGGUGGAGGUGAGGAGGACACCCAGGCUUUUGACAUUGGAGCACUGCGACACCCGGAUGCUGCCGCUGCCUUAGAGGAGUCUGCCAAACAGAGGCGAGACAUCAUCCCCACUGACACCCUGCUGUACCCACCACUCCACCGACCUCCCACCACUGCCUCUGGCUUUAUCAUGCCUCCAGUCAGCAUGGCGUCAAGGGAUAAUGGGGAUGUAUGCGAGUUUAUCAAUCAGAGAGUGCUGGAGAAUGACUGUAACCCCACAGCACCACCCUAUGACUCGCUGGCCACCUACGCCUACGAGGGCACAGGUUCAGUGGCUGAGUCACUGAGCUCACUGGGCUCAGCAUCGUCUGAGGCUGAGCAGGACUACCACUACCUGAGUGACUGGGGGCCCAGGUUCAGGAAACUGGCUGACCUGUACGGGGCUGAGGACAGUGACUUCUCCUAACAAACACAACACAAACACACACUUACUUCCAUGUCACAGACAGGUUCAGAAAAGAUUUUGACCAAUGCAGGGGCAAGGACAGCGAUGUCUAACCACCACAAACUCAAUAUUAGAGAUUGUGGACAUUAUUGAUGAGCUUUAAGAAAAUCUGAGAACUUUUAAAAAUACAGAUGACACAAUCCAUAUGAUGAACCAAAACAUGUAUUGUCAGAUGUUAAUUCCUUUUCAUGGGAUAUUCAAGAAUAUCACCUGAUCCUUGACCUGUCUUCACUGCACAUAGAUCCAAAAAAGGAGCUCACCAAGUCAUUCUCAAAGGGAGACAAAAGUUCUUAAAUAUCUGAUUUUGGGCAUGGGAACUGAUGGAUAUAGAAAUGUAAAUUAACCAGCACAACUGUGGAGCCUAAAAAUCUUCAGUUCCAUCAGUGGUAACCUCUUCAAAGACUCUUUUCAGUCAGUUUUGAAUCAACAUUGGGCUGUGUUUUAUAUUGAGGAUUGGGCUUAAAAUACUUUCAGGCUUUGCUUUAAUCUCUCCUGGGUUACCAAAUCACCAUUUUGCAGAGUGUUUCUUGUGGCUUUACAGUACAUGUGCCAUUCAAGGCAAGCUGAAUGGAGGAAAGUGUUGAGAACCAAUCAACAAAACCCCAGUGUAGUUUUUUCAGGAGACACACGUACCUCUGCAGAUAUGAAUUGAAAAGUGUGGGGAAGACAAGUUUUAUUUUUGGUUUUGACCAAGUGCCCUUCUGCUGCCCUUCGAGCUGAACUGCAGAUGCCUGUAGGUUGGCUGAGACUGGAGGGUGCUAAUGACUCUUACAUGAUUGCAUUUUGUCUUUUUUGCUGUCUUGUACAAAAGGACCAUUCCAGAGAAACUGUUCUGAAGGAUCCUCACUCAAAAAUUGCCUUCUUCGGGACACAAAGUAAAGAGAAUACAUCUUAUUUGACUAAAUGCACUGAUUUCUUUAUGUUUACGCAGGUUUUUUAAGAUCUUUUUUUAGUUGUUUUUUUUGUGCUGCACCUAAACAGAGGAUAACUGUUCAUGGCAUAAUUUCUAGAUUUUUAGCUUCUUGAUUAAGUGUGUAUUGUGUCAGAAAUGUGGUUGAACUGAGUCACAUUGGAAGUAUACUAAGUUCCAUAAAUCUUUAAUUUCACUGCUGUCUUUUUUCUAUAAAAGAACACAACUUCAGAUUAGAGAUGCACCGAUCCAGCUUUUUCAGUUUCGAAACUGAUCCCGAUGCUGUAGCUUUGAGUAUCAGCCGAUACCUGAAACCGAUCCGAUACCAUGGUUAACCUAAAAAGCU